AUGGAUGCAAACGAGCAGGAAAUGACGUGCAAGUCGGUCGACCUGGAUGGCUUCGGGUCUCCUGCGGAUGACGCGUGGUUUGCGAGCCAGACCGCACCGGUUGACGGAGAAGAAAAAACCGGCGCGCACCCGCACCAGGUCGAAGCCUUGAGGCGCUACCUCGACGGUCAAACCACGUCAAACGAAACCGCCGCCGCAAUCACCAAGCCAUCGCCGGACGACGCCUCGGAAGCAAAAGCGGAUCUUCGCGACAGGGUGUUUGGUCUCAUGGAAAACGCGCUCUUCCAGCUUCCUCAGUCACAUACCGCGGCGCUCGUCGCGUUGCUCAAAGAUAUCGACGCUCAGGAUGGACAGGAGGAGGCCGAAGACGGAGCAGCGCCUUUGUGGAAAGGCCUCAAAUCAUUCGGCGACUCCUGGUCCGACUCAUGGAAGCAAGCCCACUGGCGCAAAGCACUGUCCACGCGAGACCCCGCGACGCGUGGGCGGCGGCGCGAUGCGCACGUUCGUCGCGCCGUCGUCGAAGCCACCUGUGCCGUGGCCGGAUCGUCUGCGGAAAAGAAAGAAGAGGCAACGAACAGCGCCGAAGAUGGUUUGCUUCCCCUGAGCUGGGGCUACGAGUGCAUUUCGGACGCGCUCGAGAGCCGCGACGGCGUGGUGUGGGACUUUGAAGUCCCCGCGGCGGCAGUAUGGCUGCGCAUCGCCCGGGCACGGCUGCUGCAAGGCGCGAAGAAGGGAGAGACGAGCUGGGCGCUGGAAAGGGAGGGGAGGCUAUGGGCGCCCGGGCCAAUGUCUGAAGAAAGAUGGAACUUUUGGAUGGAAAGGAUGGAGGAGAUGAAGCGCAUUGGAAACGCUAUCACAAAGGCGGCCAGCAGCGGGCUUGAGCAGCGUUGAUGGACGAUAAUAAUAAGGAUGCGAGCCUGCGAAGCGACGCAACUGUCUGAGCUACUAGCUGGAGGAACGAACGAACGGCCCAGUAUUCUGUCUAUUGCGCGUGACACGUAUGCCCAUAGUUCAUUUAUCCACUGGGUUUGAGGUAUUCUUAAAGAUGCUUGGGCUUCCACACCAGCUUGAUGCAGAAUCACCUGCCGCCGGAUACACAUUGAUGCCUUCAUCCACGCCUCGGCUUGAUGCCCUCGAGAAUCUUCCCAACAUCACGUUCCGAAUUCUCCCAGGCCGUCUCAAUCAGCUGGCUGUGCUUUGGGCUCCGCACCUGAAACGACGCCUUGAACGGGUUUGACGCCGCCGUGAAGGUAAAGUUGAGAUCCCAGGGGUCGAUCUCC